CUCUUGGUUGUGGACUAACUUGCUGUGCUCAUGCCUACCCUUGUCAAUUACAGUGGCGAUGAUGAACUGUAUCCUGGGGGUUCUUUUUGUCCAAAUCCCAUGGAUUUGGGUCGCUUGUACACUAUUGGUUCCAAUGUGGAUGUGUACUACCCUCCUACCAAGCGAGCUCGCAUCAGUGUCCCAUUUAUCUUUGAAGCUCUUGAGAGAGAGCAAUAUCAAAAGCCUGGUAUCGAGGUCCUUCCGGAUGAAUGCCUCUUUGAGAUAUUCAGGCGGCUCCCUAGUGGCAAAGAGAGAAGCUCAUGUGCCUGUGUAUCUAAACGGUGGCUUAUGCUUAUGAGCAGUAUCUGCAGAGCUGAAAUUGAGAGGACUACUUCCUCUGAUGUUGAAAUGGUCUCUUCAGAUGAGAAUCAAGAUAUUGAAGGUGAUGGCUACCUUACUAGGUGUUUGGAAGGGAAGAAAGCCACUGAUGUAAGGCUUGCUGCAAUUGCAGUUGGGACUAGUGGCCGUGGGGGACUGGGGAAGCUGUCUAUCAGAGGAAGCAAUUCUGUACGUGGUGUCACAAACCUUGGCCUCUCUGCAGUAUCUCAUGGUUGCCCUUCUCUCAGGUCACUUUCUUUGUGGAACGUAUCGUCCAUUGGAGACGAGGGUCUGUCUGAGAUAGCAAAAGGAUGUCAUAUGUUGGAGAAGCUUGAUCUAUGUCUGUCUUCCUCUAUCAGCAACAAGGGUUUGAUUGCAAUAGCUGAAGGAUGCCCCAGCUUGACCACCUUAAAUAUUGAAUCAUGCUCAAAGAUUGGAAACGAGGGCUUGCAAGCUAUUGCAAGAUCUUGCCCCAAGUUACAGUCAAUCUCUAUCAAGGAUUGCCCUCUUGUUGGGGAUCAUGGAGUAUCUAGUCUGUUAUCAUCAGCUUCCAACUUGUCAAGGGUAAAGCUUCAGGCCUUAAACAUUACAGAUUUCUCUUUGGCUGUUAUUGGUCAUUAUGGAAAGGCAAUAACAAAUCUGGUCCUCUGUGGUCUCCAAAAUGUCAGUGAAAGGGGGUUUUGGGUCAUGGGUGUUGCUCAAGGUCUGCAGAAAAUAGUGUCAUUUACUAUUACUUCCUGCCGAGGGGUAACUGAUGCAAGCAUCGAAGCCAUGGGUAAAGGUUGCAACAACCUGAAGCAGAUGUGCCUUCGCAAGUGUUGCUUUGUAUCUGACAGUGGAUUGGUAGCAUUUGCCAAAGCUGCAGUGUCUCUUGAGAGCUUGCAUUUGGAGGAGUGUAACAGGGUCACCCAGUCUGGGAUUAUUGGUGCCCUUUCAAACAUCAAAACAAAGUUGAAAUCUCUUACCCUUGUGAAGUGCAUGGGAGUUAAAGAUAUUGAUGUGGAAGUAUCUAUGCUUUCUCCUUGCGAGUCUCUUCGAUCUUUAGCCAUUCAAAACUGCCCUGGUUUUGGUAGUGCUAGCCUGGCUAUGAUUGGGAAAUUGUGUCCCCAACUUCAGCAUGUUGAUCUGACUGGACUUUAUGGCAUAACAGAUGCUGGUCUUCUCCCACUUUUGGAGAAUUGUGAGGCUGGACUUGUUAAGGUGAACCUUACUGGUUGCUGGAACCUUACAGAUAAUGCAGUUUCAUCCUUGGCCAGGCUACAUGGUGGAACCCUUGAAUUACUAAAUCUUGAUGGAUGCUGGAAAAUUACAGAUGCAAGCUUGGUUGCAAUUGCAGACAACUGCCUACUGCUGAAUGAUCUAGAUGUGUCAAAGUGUGCAAUCACUGAUGCCGGUGUAGCUGUUCUCUCUGGUGCUACUCAGCUUAGUUUGCAAGUUCUUUCCUUGUCUGGCUGUUCUGAUGUAUCAAACAAGAGUGUGCCUUUCCUGAAAAAAUUAGGCCAGACCUUGUUGGGAUUGAAUCUUCAAAACUGCAAUUCAAUUGGCAGCAGCACAAUUGAGUUGCUAUUGGAGAACUUGUGGAGAUGUGAUAUUCUAGCUUAAUUAUGAUAGAAGCAGAUAAAACUGAUAAAUCAGGGAAGGAGGUAAAAUUGAACAUAUGGAACUGGAUCUGGGAAUUCAGGAUAUACAGUACAUGUAUCGAGCUAUAAUAAUGAACUCAAUAGGUGGUGAGAUCUUCAGCGUACUUUUUGGGCUGAUAUGCCCUAUCAAAGGUGGAUUGGUGGAAGUUUGUUGACUUGGUUGUUUUCCAGGGAACUUUGGCAUGUUCCUUCAUAACCCCCUUUUUUGCAAGCAUUCUUCACAAAGGAAUGCUUGUUACAACCCUUUUGGCCUUGCCUAACUGGAGGCCACAUCUUUUAUGGCUAAGGUUCCCUGAGAAUACAGUUACUGAGUCUUGGUUGUUGGUUUCCACUGCUAGAUAGUGCAUUGCUUAUGUUAGGCCAUAUUUUGUACCGCUGGAUGUUCUACACUGAGUGUUUUAGCUUCUGUCGCACAUUGCUAUGAUGUUGUACAGACUUAAGCUUUAGUUCAUUUCUUUUUUAAGUUUUUUGUCACUUUAGUUUUUACCAAUCAAGCGUCUUACCACGCUUGAAGUCUGGAUGAGGGUCUAUCUUGUUUUCCUUAUGUCUUGUCAGUGUGGCUAUGUAGUUCAAUUUUAAGGCUAGGGGUCUCAUAUUCAAGGGCUUUGGUCG